GAUGGUGUAGCAAGAAAAAUGAAAUAGGAACAAGGCAUAAGCAAGCAUAAGCAUGGAGAGCGUUGCCAUACUGAGGCAGCUCCUCGGACAACUGCACGAGCUCUGGGAUGUGUACGGUUCUGCCUCUCACAACCACAGGACAGAUUGAAGUCAGUGUAUGAUAACUGUUUGUCUUGUUGCCUGAGGAUCACCAAAACAUCUUAAUAAUGGAGGAGUUAAAAAAGUGCUUCAAUCUUUAUCAAUGUAUCUGAUCAAUCUUGACAUCAAUGACAAAACAAUUCCUAACAGAACUGUCAAUUUCAUUCAGCAUCUUCACAAACCCUACUCCCAGCACUUAUGCAGUCCAGGUCCUCCCUGUAAGUGGAGAGGGAAUCUAGUGAUGGUCCUGUGAUGUUGAAAUCUUAUAGGCCUACCAAAUGGCAUUUGAGACAGAUGACAAUUUUCAGGAGGUAUUUGUUAGAUCUGGAGAAUAACUCCGCAGAUGAGGAGUGUAGUAUUGCCAGGGAAACUAAAUCUAGUGGUUUCAAGAUGACUGAAUUGAAAGCUCCAGCUUCUAAAAGAUGUCGCAGGGAAAGGACCCAUGAGGAGUUGUUUACUGAUGCUUCAGGUGUUAUGGAGGAAAAAAUAUGGCGAGAGUUUCCUGAGGAUCUUCUUGAAAGAGUCAUUGCACGGUUACCUAUUGCUGCUUUCUUUCGGUUUCGCUCAGUAUGCAGAAGUUGGAAUUCUUUACUCAAUUCCCACAGUUUUUCUCAGCAAUGUGCUGAAGUGCUGCCUAAGUGUCCUUGGUUUUACACCAUAACACAUGAAAAUGUAAAUAAUGAUGCAGUAUAUGACCCCUCAUUGAAGAAGUGGUAUCAUCUGUCAUUGCCAUUGUUCCCGCCAAAAAUAAUUAUAUUACCAGUUGCUUCAGCUGGAGGGCUUGUCUGCUUCCUUGAUAUAGGUCAUCGGAAUUUCUAUGUCUGCAAUCCACUUACGCAGUCAUUUCGGGAAUUGCCAUCGAGAUCCGUGAGAGUGUGGUCACGAGUGGCAGUGGGAAUGAUUCUCAACCCUAAUGGAAUUGGAUAUAAAUUGUUGUGGUUAGGAUGUGCUGGGGAUUAUGAAGUUUAUGAUUCUGUAGAGAAUGCUUGGACCAGGCCAGGUAACAUGCCAUCAGAUAUAAAACUUCCUCUUGCUUUAAAUUACAGGUCGCAGGCUAUCACCAUUGAUAGUGUGAUGUAUUUUAUGCGUACAAAUCCAGAUGGUUUAGUUUCAUACGAUUUGGUGAAGAGUACUUGGCAGCAACUUGCAAUCCCCCCACCAUUGUACUCCAUGGAUCAUACUCUUGCAGAAUGUAAGGGUCAAAUUAUGUUAGUUGGAUUGUUGACAAAAAAUGCUGCUACAUGUGUCUGUAUAUGGGAGCUUCAAAAGAUGACGCUUCUAUGGAAGGAGGUAGACAGAAUGCCAAAUAUGAUGUGCCUAGAUUUCUAUGGUAAACAGGUACGCAUGAUCUGCUUAGGGAAUAAAGGCUCGGUUUUGCUAUCAUUAAGAUCUAGGCAGUUGAACCGCUUGGUACUUUAUGACAUGUCGAAAAAGUUGUGGCAUAGGGUACCUAGUUGUGUUCUUCCUCGUGGACGUAAGCGGCAAUGGAUUGCUUGUGGGACCUCUUUUCAGCCAUGUCUCAAUGCUUCAGUUUGAUGGUUGCUUUUGAAGUUACAGGGUUUUGCUGAAUUAUCCAUACUUAAUAUACUUCAAUAUUUGUGCUUGAGAUGGAAGAGGUCUGAUUUAUGAUGAAAAGUACUCUAGCUUUUUAAGUAAAAUGAUAUAUAGAAAAAUAUUAUAAAUGCUGAACACCAAGUUGCUUUUAUGCCACAGAUGUGAACAACACUAUUUUCCAGUUGUCAGUCACGGCCACUUUUCAGAUGUGUCUUAAUCUUGAUUCUUCAUUUGAAGACAAACUGCUUUUGAAGUUUCUAUUAAACAAAGCUCAGACUAUAUUGAUUUUAA